AUGGAAAAGAAAGAAGCCACACCCUUAAAUACAAUAGCUAAAAAAGAACCUGUUCGUCAUGAACGUUGGUAUUUUGGUGGUUUAGCUGGGGUGCUUGCAGCAUGUUGUACACAUCCGCUUGAUACAUUAAAAGUUCAAUUACAAACUCAACAGCGAGCGGAAUAUGGAUUUGUUUCAAUGGCUGUUAAAAUUGUACGUGAUGAUGGAUUUUUAGCACUUUAUAAUGGUCUAUCUGCAUCAUGUCUUCGUCAAGCAACAUAUACAACAACACGAUUUGCUAUCUACGGAGCAAUUAAAUCAAUGAAAACAGAUUCAAAUUUAAAUUUCAUAGAAAAAAUUGCACUUGCUGCUGGUUCCGGCGCAGUUGGUGCUUUUGUUGGUGCACCUGCGGAUCUUGUUAAUGUUCGUAUGCAGAAUGAUGGCAAAUUACCAAAAGAACAACGACGAAAUUAUAAACAUGCUAUUGAUGGUGUUAUACGAAUAAGUCGUGAAGAAGGACCUAAAAAAUUAUUUAAUGGUGCAUCAAUGGCUGUUAUUCGAGGAUCAUUAGUAACUGUUGGUCAAAUUGCUUUUUAUGAACAAGCUAAACAAGUUCUAUUAGCUAGUGGUUAUUUUAAAGAUGAUAUUAUUACUCAUUUCAGUUCAAGUUUUCUUGCUGGCACUGCAGCUACUUUAUUAACAAUGCCAUUAGAUGUUAUGAAAACUAGAUUAAUGAAUGCACCACCAGGAACAUAUAAUUCUGUAAUGGAUUGUUUUAGAGAUAUAAUGAAAGUUGGACCAAGUGGACUUUUUAAAGGAUUUAUCCCGGCUUUUAUACGUCUUGGUCCACAUACAAUUUUAAUGUUUAUCUUUCUCGAGCAACUUAAAAAAAAUUUUGGUUAUAUUAAAAAAGAAACUUAG